UAUGUUAAAGAAAUUUUAGUAUGAUUUGUUUGUCAUAGGAGGUGGAGCAGGAGGCUUGGCUUCUUCAAAAGCAUCAGCAUUAUUAGGAAAAAAAGUGGGAAUGGCUGACUAUGCAACUCCAAGUCCUCAUGCUACAACUUGGGGAACAGGUGGUACUUGUGUAAAUGUUGGUUGCGUACCCACUAAAUUAAUGCCAUUUUCAGCAAGAAUGGGUGAAAUAAGGAAAGAUUAAAUAGCAGCAGGAUAUUAGGGUAUAGAAAGUGAAGGAAAACAUAAUUGGAAAUAAUUGAUUGAAACAGUAUAAAAACAUAUAAAAGAAUUGAAUGUGCGUUAGGAAAGCUCUUUAAAAGAUCAUGGUAUAGAUUAUUAUAAUAAAUUUGCUAAAUUUAUUGAUCGACAUACAAUUGAAGUAAGAUUAAGAUUUUAAUAAUGUAUUAUUAUAGCUUACAGAUAUUAAAGGAGAGAAAGAAAUAAUAAGUGCAAAGAACAUAAUUGUAUGUGUUGGAUCUAGACCAAUUCUAUAUUAAGAUCCAAAAUUAGUGAUAACAUCAGAGGAUGUAUUUUAAUAAACAACUCCUCCAGGGAAAACAUUGGUUAUAGGAGCUUCAUAUGUAGGUUUGGAAUGUGCAGGAUUUAUUCAUGGUUUUGGAUAUGAUACAACUAUAUUAGUUAGAACAAGAGUAAUGAGGAAUUUUGAUUAAGAGAUGGCUUACAAAGUUGAAGGAUAUAUGACAGAUAAUGGAAUAAAAUUUGUUAAAAGAGCUUUAUUAUAAUCAAUCAUAGGAGUGGAUAAUGGGAAAAGAAGAUUAGUAAAAUGGGUACGUGAUGGAGUAGUAGAAGAAGAUAUUUAUGAUACUGUAUUAUAUGGUAUUGGAAGAUAAGCAUCAACUAAAUAAUUAAACUUAGAAUCAAUUGGUGUUAAGAUUGAUGCUAGAAAUUAUAAAAUUAUAGCUGAUGAUUAUGAUAGAACUACAGUAGAUAAUAUUUAUGCAAUUGGUGAUUGUUGUUUGAAUAGAUUAGAGUAUACACCUAUAGCUGUAAUGGCUGGUAGGAAAUUAGCUAAGAGACUUUAUGGAGAUAGUAAUGAGAUUAUGGAUUAUGCUGAUGUGGCUACUACUAUUUAUACACCUAUUGAAUAUGGAUGUAUUGGUUUAUCAGAAGAAAGAGCAAAAUAAAAAUAUGGAGAGGAUGGAAUUAAAAUUUAUAGAUCUUAUUUUAAACCUUUAUAAUGGGGUUUCAGAAAAAGAGAUGAUGCUAAAUAUUGUGGAGGCAAAUUGAUUGUCCACAAAGAAUCAGAUAGAAUCAUUGGAUUUCAUUAUGUUGGACCUGAGGCUGCUGAGGUAACAUAAGGAUUUGCUGUAGCUAUGAAAAUGAAAUGUACUAAAAGAGAUUUUGAUAACACUGUUCCUAUUCAUCCUAGUUUAGCAGAAGUAUAAUUAAUCAUUAUAUUUAUAGGAAAUGAUUUUAAUGAAAUGAC